AUGUUAAAAAACGAGUCAUCAUGGAAUUCUGUAAAUACACAUUCACAGAAAUUAGCAACUUCUGACGAAGAAACUGGCUUGAACGCAUCAAGCCAGUCCACUCUUACUAAAGUGAGCAAAGUUACUUUCACUUUAAUGGAUAAAAGGCAAACGUAUCGUGUAGUUAUUGAUGGCGUAGAUUUAACACCCGAUAACAUUGUAGAUCCAGAUUAUAUUACCAUGGAUGAGACCUACACUCACGCUGCAUUCGGAAUCAAGUCUGGAGCUAAAAGCGACAUAGGUCUUAGAAUGUCCAAAUCCAAGUCAAAGUCCACAGUCGAAAUGGCUAUGAAAGUUUACACAACGACUAUCUCCCUUGACGACAUUUGUAUCGAUCACACAAAGAACACCAGUGAAGGGUUCGCUUCUGGCGACUUUAAUUUAGAAAUAGCACCUUCUGCAUUUUAUUUAACAAAAACAAAACCAAUUAUGUGGUACCCAGAAGAGAUAUUUGUCACUCUUAAAGAGACGGAAACUCACUUCCUCUAUGAGUUACCCAGUUUCUCUUACGAAAAAGGAACUCCGGAAGGAAAUGCAGUAGAAGAACAGAAUAAUUUCUAUCAGUACAUAACUGUCGGUAAAGGAAGAAACCGAAAAAUGGUUACGGAGGAGACCCAAACAAAAGAAUAUAUAACGCAAUCCAGGCACACGCUGGCAACAAGACCACAGAAAAAAAAUGCUAUAGCUUUUGCAUCCUUGUGGGAUAUGCACGAUACUUACGCAAAAAUUAAUGAAACAACAGUAGACGAGGAACCUGAUGAAAUGGUUAUGUAUCAAUCAGUUGACCCGAAACUACUGCGAAGAAGAAAGAAAAUUUUAACCUCUGAUGCAACUGAGAUAAAGGGUAAAAGUUUCGAACAAAUAUGCUGCACACCUGAGUUUUUAGAUGCUGUUCUAUUGACAGAAAGAGUACUUGCUACGUUAAAAUAUUCCGAAGCUCAGAAAAAAUUUCGUGGACUCGCACGUUUUGAUCCACUAUCCUUGGAUCUUAUAUAUAUUUACUCAAUGAAACCCCUUUGGACGCUAGAAUGCAAUGAUACUGCAGGCCGCCCUAUAACUAGUAUAUCGUUUAAUCCAAAAAAUGAUAACAUACUAGCAAUAGCACACGGAAAAUUAGGCUACGCUGAAAAUUUCAACGGUUUAGUUAGCAUUUGGUGCACGAAAAACCCAUGCGUACCCGAAAGGCUUUACAGAUUCGAGAAUCCACUGACUUCUGUAGAAUUCUCAGAUAAAAAUCCUAAUUGGUUAGCAUGUGGUUUCAACAACGGUGACGUGUUGAUAUUAGAUAUAACAUCUUAUACUAUCAGAAUUAUUGCAAAAAGUAAACGCGAAACGAACCCUUGUUUUGAACCGAUAUGGCAUGUAAUCUGGCGCUCGAUUGAUGCUUGUCAAUACGUAAUAAUCACGUGUCAAGACGGUAGAAUAAAUCGAUUUAGAAGCACCAAAACACACGACUUUAUUUGUUCACCAAUGAUGCGGAUAUCUACAGUUGAAGGAAAUAUGAAAGGAUUACAAACUACGAAGCCCUGUCUGCAUGUAGACGUGCCCAUCGUAAGACAUCCGGCUGCGCUGUGUAUAAUAUGGCACCCUAGAAUAGACCAUAAUUAUUUAGUAGGUACUGACGAAGGUUGUAUACACAAAUGUUCCACUCAUUAUCUAAAUCAACAUAUCGAUGUCUUUAAGGCGCACUCGGGUCCUGUUUACAAUAUGUCGUUCUCGCCCUUCAUGGACGCAUUAGUGAUGUCUUGCGGUGCCGACAACGCAAUUAGACUCUGGCUCGAGGGUAUAGAUGACGUCAUUAUGACAUUAAAUUGCACCGCCGCUGUAUACGACGCAGCUUUUUGUCCUAUAAACUCUACUGUCAUCAUCUCUGUUAGUGGAAACGUCUUGUCCGUAUGGGACCUUCGUCGAAAAAAUCAUAUUCCUUGUGCUGAAUACACGUUCCCAGGUAACGUAGUACUAACAUUUAUAAAAUUUUCGAAGUCCGGAGACAAUGUGUUUGUUGGCGAUACAUUGGGAAGAAUGCACACAUUUCAUUUGGAAGACACCCCAAUCCCACCGUUUUAUCAACGAAAAAUAUUAGACGAAGCCAUCAAGAAAGCGCUUUGCACGAGACCUCAGCUGUUGAAACAAUUGGAAAAAAUGGAGCAGUAUACAGAACGAUAUGCAAAAUAA